AUGAAGCCGCUAGGCCUUCUUUUAGUUGUAUUAUUGGCUAUUAUCGGUGUUUAUGGAGUGGAUAGAAACAACUUCAAGUCUUGUGACCAAUCAGGUUUUUGUAAACGGCUAAGGCCGUUUAAGCCCGAAAAGUCACAAUACACUCUUAAUUUGGAUUCCGUCAUUGUGCACGGAAAUGUCCUGUCCGCAGAGGUUACCACUGUCAAUACUGAAACUGAAAAGAAAAUUACUCUUUGGCGCUAUGCCUUAAAAUUAUCAGCACUUGUUGAUGGCACAUUUAGAAUAGAAUUGGAUGAAGCUGAUCCCCUCUACCCACGUUACCGAACACAGCUAGCAUUGAAUGGUGAGCCAAAGGCUGAUGGAUUAAAACUGAUCUCAAAUGAGAAUGGCAAACUUACGUUGUCGAACAACCAAGGUCAGAAAGUGCUGAUCACUUCGGAGCCGCUCAAGUUUGAAUUCCUUGACAAAAAUGGUGAUGUGGCCGUUGUGUUGAAUGAGAACUCUCAACUUUUAGUUGAACCAUUGAGGGUAAGGAAGGAGAGGACCGAUGAUGAGGAUCCUGGGAAUGCUGAAAAUGCUAUAGAAGUCGAGGAAGAGGGUACUUGGAGCGAAAACUUCAAGUCGCAUCAUGACAGCAAACCUCGCGGCAACGAAGCAGUCUCGGUGGACGUCACCUUCCCCGAUGCAGACCAAGUGUAUGGUAUCCCCGAACACACAGACAAAUUCGCCCUGAGUACAACAACAUCGGGAGAGCCUUACCGUAUGUACAAUUUGGAUGUUUUCGAAUAUGAACUGGACAGCAGGAUGGCUAUCUACGGAGCGGUGCCUGUAUUAUAUGCACAUGGGUCGAAACGCACUGUUGGUGUGUUCUGGCACAACUCGGCAGAGACAUGGGUAGAUGUAGUCAACUAUGCAGAUGGCACAGUUGUAUCCUCUCUGGUCAACUUGGUGACCGGCGGACAGAAGAGGCGUGUCGAUGCAAGGUUCAUGAGUGAAUCGGGUAUAGUGGAUCUAUUUGUGAUGUUAGGAAACACUCCGGCUGAUGUUUUCAGGCAAUACACAACACUUACCGGUGUAGCUCCUUUACCACCCAAAUUCUCUCUGGGAUACCAUCAAUCCCGUUGGAACUACGUAGACGAAGCGGACGUCCGAAGCGUGGACGAGAACUUCGACGCACACGACAUCCCCGCUGACGUCAUCUGGCUAGACAUCGAGUACACGGAUAGGAAGAAGUAUUUCACAUGGGACCUGGAAAAAUUCGCUCACCCCGCCGAGAUGGUGGCUAAUCUUACAGCGAAGGGCAGACGCCUGGUGGUGAUUAUCGACCCCCAUAUAAAGAGGGAAGCAGGCUAUUUCGUGCACGAGGACGCAAUGGAGCAAGGACUCUACGUGAAGGACAAGGACGGAAAUGUUUACGAAGGUUGGUGCUGGCCGGGUUCCUCCUCAUACCUGGACUUCUUCAACCCAGCGGCGACCAAAUACUAUGCGGAGCGGUUCAGGUUCGAGAACUUCCCAGGCACCAGCAAGGAUGUCCAUAUUUGGAACGACAUGAACGAACCCAGUGUAUUCAAUGGGCCGGAGAUCACUAUGCCGAAGGACUGCCGACACUAUAAACCUCCCCAGGAUGGCCAUGAUGGACUUGCUUCUUUCUGGGAACACAGACACGUGCACAAUGAAUACGGACUGUGGCAGAUUCGGGCGACUCAUCUCGGAAUGCUAGAGCGGUCCGACAACAAAUACAGACCCUUCAUACUGACCAGGUCCACCUUCGCAGGAACUCAGAGGUAUGCGGCGAUGUGGACUGGCGACAAUGCAGCGGAGUGGGGCUUCCUGCAGGCUUCGACGAGGAUGUGCCUUUCCCUGGCCGCAGCUGGCAUCAGCUUCUGCGGCUCCGACGUGGGCGGCUUCUUCAAGUACCCCGAGCCUGAACUCAUGACGCGCUGGUACCAGGCUGGAGCGUACCAAGCGUUCUUCCGUGCUCAUUCCCAUAUAGAGACUAAACGGAGGGAGCCUUGGUUAUAUGAAGCCUCCACUACCGCGUUGUUGCGGGACGCUGUGAGAAGGAGAUACGCGCUAGUUGACUUUUGGUACACUCUCUUUUACGAACACACAUUAGAUGGUACUCCGGUUACAAGACCUCUCUUCCAAGAGUACCCCAAGGAGGAAGACACAUACACCAUUGAUGAUGAAUACCUUUUGGGUGACAAGUUACUGGUGAGACCAGUUCUGGAGCCAGGUGUGAAGAGUGUGAAGGUGUACCUGCCGGGAAGAGACACCAACACUCUGUGGUACGACGUGGACUCCUACCAAGCGCACAAAGCCAACGGCUACUUCACCCAAGAAGUGAACAUUGCUAAGAUACCGGUGUACCAACGCGGCGGCAGUAUCGUGCCCCGUAAGGAGCGAGUGAGGCGCUCCUCUACGCUUAUGGCCAACGACCCCUUCACGUUUGUUGUGGCCUUAGACGCCAAUAAUACUGCUAGCGGCUCUCUAUAUAUCGAUGACGGCGAGACUUACGACUACCAAAACAAUAAGUACGUCUACUCGAAGAUAUCCUACGAGCCUAACCGCAUGAGUUACACCCUAGUCAACCCAGCCGCACAGUAUUCAACCCGUGCAUGGGUUGAGAGGAUCGUGAUAGCCGGCAUCCGGAAUCCACCCAAGAGUGCGAGGCUGCUGCAGGGAGAUCGCAGCUCAGCUCUGCAGAUGACGCUGCACCGCGGCAACGACGUGCUGGUCAUAAGGAAACCAGCUGCAAGUGUUGCCACUGACUGGACCAUCGAGUUCGCUUAUUGA